AUGGGCAUGAGCGAGAUAGCGCGCGUAGUUUUCAAACGUUCCUAUCCGCGCGUUUUGCCACACUACAGGCCUAGUCAGCAAGCGAUCCAAUGCGCGGGUGCGGGGGUAUCAAACCAGUUCGGUCUUACCGCUCGGCAAAAACAAUUGCGUAAGAAGUGGAAGAAUCUGCGCGAUCAGUUUGGCUCUGGUAACGGUGGCGAGGAAAUAGAGAGUAUGUGGCCAUACUUUCAACUAAUUCAGUUUAUAAACGAUGACAUUACACCAGAAGUGAUGACAGGAAAUCUUCAGGACAGUGAUUCGGAAUCCCUCAACGAGUCAAAUCAUGCCGAGCAAGAAAACACUGACGUAAUGAGUCCAGGUGUUUCAUCCUGCAGCAGUCGCACAAACACGUCAAAGCGCAAAACAGCCUCGAAUUAUAGAGAUGAUCUUAUAGAAUGUGAAAGAAAAAAAAUUUCGCUAAUUGAACAAAAAAUGGCGUCUAAUAGUGACCAAUCGGAGAAAUGUGGCGAUUAUCAUUUCUUUAUGAGUCUCCUGCCACAAGUGAAACAAUUUAAUGAAUUACAAAAGUUACGCAUUCAAAAUAAAAUUACCCAAGUUAUAAUAGACGAAGCAGAGAGGAUACAGUUUUCUCAUGAUCCGAGAUAUGAGGAUAACUAUGGAGAAUAUUCUAGUAGAAACUACGACCAUAGUAAUUAUUAA